CAUCAUUUAGACCACUCUUAAACAUGUCCCAAGAUUUCUUCUCUCUCUAUAAAUUCUUCUUGUUCCUUUAUACCCUGUGAUUCCUUACCUUCCUCUUAUUCUUCUUCUUUUUUCAACAUUAGUUUUCAUGAAGAUUCUUGCUUUUCAACUUCAAGAACAAACCCCAUUACUUUAAUUUCCACAAAGAUCAAAUUUUUACAGUUUAAAAAGAACUUUAAACAAAACCCCAUCAAGAAAAGACCAUUCUUGAUUGCUAGUAAGAUGACAAUUACUGAUUUUAGAGAUGAAGAAGAAGAAUAUCCUCCACUUUUACUUGAAUCUGAGAUGAAAGAGCCUAGACGUAUUGCUCUCUUUAUUGAGCCUUCUCCUUUUGCGUAUGUUUCUGGAUACAAGAACAGGUUCCAGAAUUUUAUAAAGUAUCUACGGGAAAUGGGGGAUGAGGUUUUGGUUGUGACAACGCAUGAAGGAGUACCCGAAGAAUUUUAUGGGGCAAAGUUGAUAGGAUCAUGGAGUUUUCCCUGCCCGUGCUACCGGAAAGUACCCCUCUCACUUGCUCUCAGCCCUAGAAUAAUCUCAGAGGUUGCACAGUUCAAGCCUGAUAUCAUACAUGCAUCAUCUCCUGGUAUAAUGGUAUUUGGUGCUCUUAUCAUUGCAAAACUCCUAUCUGUGCCGAUUGUAAUGUCUUAUCACACGCAUGUGCCAGUGUACAUACCGAGAUACACCUUUAGUUGGCUGGUUCAACCAAUGUGGAUGGUUAUAAAGUUUCUACAUAGAGCUGCUGAUCUUACACUGGUGCCAUCUGCUGCUAUCGCAAAGGAUCUGGAAGCUUAUAAGGUAACAGCAGCGAACAGAAUACGCGUGUGGGAUAAGGGUGUUGAUUCCGAGAGCUUCCACCCCCACUAUCGGUCUCAUGAAAUGCGAGUAAGACUAAGUAAUGGAGAACCCGAUAAACCAUUGAUAGUUCAUGUUGGACGACUUGGAGUUGAGAAGAGUUUGGAAUUCACCAAAAGGGUCAUGGAUAGACUUCCUGAUGUUCGGAUAGCUUUUAUUGGAGAUGGGCCAUACAGGGAGGAAUUGGAGAAAAUGUUCCAUGGCAUGCCUGCCGUGUUCACAGGUAUGUUACAAGGGGAUGAGCUUUCCCAAGCAUAUGCGAGUGGAGAUGUUUUCCUAAUGCCUUCCGAGUCAGAGACAUUAGGGCUCGUCGUUCUAGAAGCCAUGUCAUCAGGUCUUCCCGUAGUAGCUGCCCGUGCUGGUGGAGUUCCAGAUAUAAUACCCGAUGAUCAACAAGGCAAAAUCGGAUAUCUUUUUAAUCCUGGGGACCUUGACGACUGCUUGAGCAAACUGGUGCCUCUUUUGCAGGACCCUGAAUUGAGAGAAACCAUGGGGAAAGCUGCACGAGUAGAAAUGGAGAAAUACGACUGGAAGGCUGCAACAACAACAAUUCAUGACAAACAUUAUAGUGCAGCUAUUUGGUUCUGGAGGAAGGAGAGAGCACAAUUUUUGAGACCAUUUCAAUGGUUGUUUCGGCGUAUAUUCGCAGCUCCAGAAGUAGUCGACUGUAGGUGAUAGAUCCUCUUCUCGCAUUUUUUUUCUCUCUAAAAGCAUGGACAUUUUCUUAUGCUUUGGAAGGUGUAUCCUUCAUAGCUUUGCAUCAAGAUGUGUUUGUAGAAUAUUAGUUGUCUAUUGAUUGUACAAUGUAGACCUCAAAACCUGGUCUGUUGUGCUGUUAUGUAUUAAAUUGAAACUCAUGUACAUGUAAAUUUAUUUUCAUGAAGAUUUGAAUUUAGUGAGCUACACAUUCUACUAUCAAAA